GCUGUGAUCAUGAAUUCGACUGGUUCGUCACAUGGGGUUUGCAGGCCACUCUUACUGGUUAGAGAUGCAAAGGAAGUCAAUAUCCUGUCUUGUAAAAUACCAUAUAAAGGACUUGAGUCUAGAUAGCACCUUCUAAACAGAAUCUAGCCUGCAGACAUCUUCUUUUGGUUUUCUGAAUAUUUUACGCAAACAUCAUGCACCUCUGCUGGAAAUUAGCUCUGAUGAUGAUGGUUCUUGUGUGUGUUACUGAGCAGCAAGUCAACGACUUUCGUCGACCCACUAGAGUUGGAGUGACAUGCUGUAAGGUGGUGUCGAAGGGAAGAAUUCCUCCUGAAAUUAAACUGAUUGGAUACAAGCAUCAGAAUGCUCUGAGUCCAUGUGUGGAUGCUAUAAUAUUCUACACAGAGAAGGACAAGUACUGCUCUGAUCCAAAAGCGCGCUGGAUUCGACAGAGACUGGAAGGUCUGAAGAAAAUUGAGGACUGAGCCAAUGGAGGCCUUGAAGAUGCUGCAAAUCUAUCUAUAUAUCAAUCUAUUAAAAGAGAAUAUAUAUUAUGUUUAUUUAACCAAAACAAGUACCAUUAGAUACCCUUCUAGUUUAUGUGAACAUUAAAAGAUGUUUCACUUAAUUGCUUUGUUUUAUAUGCUUUAAAAUUAAAUGCAAUUUUGAAAAAAAUAAAUAAAAUUAAACUGUGCUUACCUUCAUACAAACAUUCAGCCUUUUUUCUGUAACAAUUUGGACUGUAUUUAAUCAUAUUUAAGCUGAAUCAUUAAAGAAAUAGUUCACCCAAA